UGAAGAUAGAAAUUAUUUUCAGAAAAAAAUGCGAAAAGUAGUGUUACUUCUCUGUGUCUUAUUACCUAUAAUUGUGAUCUCCAACCCCCGACAUAGAAGACAAGCCAACUCCAAGCAGUGUUGUAAAUGUAUUAAAAACUCUGCCCCAUGUAACAACAGUCCAGGCGGUAUGGCAUCGAAAAUUAAUGGGCUUAGCUGUGAUGCCGAGAUCAGUUGUCUGCUUGAUGCUAGCAACGAAGGGGAUUGUCUUGGUCUAUGCGCAGAGGACAAUGAAGUUGAUUUAGAGAAAUGUGAUCGAGGUUUUAAGACCUGCUGUAGUUUUGCGGAGGAUGGAUUAGUGGAAAGUAUUGCAAUUAGAAUUGGUCUUGCAACCGAAUACAAUCCUUUAGGAGUGAAUGAUGACUAUACUUCACCCUUUACAUCACCCGAUUUAGGGAGGGCGAUUUGUGCGGAUGAUAAAAUAACUGCAAUUUCGGGCCGUAGUGACAUAUUAGACUGUGGAAAAAGAGAUCCUAGAGCCUACAAGGAUGUUAAGAGACCAGACACCUUUACAAAUCCAGGGGAGUGGCCUUGGCUUGCCAUGCUGGUUGGUUCUGACGGAGACUAUAUUGGUGCAGGAACAUAUGUUGACCAGGACACUGUCAUAACUGUUCUUCAUAAAGUUCAAAAUUUAAUCAGUUCCCCCCAAAACCUCAUUGUUAGACUAGGAGACUGGGAUCCGAAUGGAAAAGUUCCAGAGGAGGAAUGGGACUACACUGAGUUUUCUGUUAGAUGUAUCAAGCCACACCCUCAGGCUGAUCCAGCAGAUUCUCUUGCAAAUAAUGUCGCUGUCCUCAAGCUUGGAGCAGCAAAGACUCCAGUAAACUCCAUCAAGAGUAUUGUAAAUAUUCGCGCUGGACAAAAUGGUGAUCCUGUUGGGUACAAUUCAGUUUGCUUGCCUACAAGCUCAUCUCAGUUCAAUGAGAAAUCUGAUAACUGUUGGGUUGCGGCCUGGGGUAAGGAUCUUGUCCGUCAGAGAGAAAUUGAUCUGCCACUUCUAUCAGCUGAUGAAUGCCAAUCAAGACUUGGCCCAAUAUUUCAAUCAAAGGGUCGCCCUAACUGGUCUCCUCAUUCCAGCGAGAUCUGCGCAGGUGGAGAAAUAGGGAAGGAUACAUGCCAAGGAGAGGGAGGGGCUCCACUUGUAUGCCUGGACAAACAGCUGGAUCAGUAUUUUGUAGUGGGUUUGGUCAACUAUGGGUUCAGCUGUAACACGGAUAUUCCAGCUGUCUACACAAAUAUCAUGGACAACAACAUCAAAAACUGGAUCCAGAGAGAGAAAGACUCAAACACUUGCUGAAAAGCAUCACAUCAACAGCAGCAUGAUAACAUGAUAUUCAUAUUUUUAUGGUUUCUCAUUUAACAUUUUAAAAAAGAUUAAAAAAAUUGAUAUCUGGCUGCAAUAAUUCUAGAUAUGUGUUUAAACAAAAUUGUGUGUUUAAUUGAUGCCAUUCACUCCCAUCUAGGAAAAUUAGGUUUUGGGAAUUCUCUAUUAAAAUUCAGGGGCCCUUUUAGCGUAAACACUGUAUUGGGAUUAGUCCCAACCCAUGAGUAGCUAUUUUUAAAUAAAUCAAAAACAUCUAAAAAUUGAUUUUCUAAGUUUCCGUCUAGCUUUCCUUAGACUGGGACUUCAAUCUAUAUAGUUUAAAGUGCAAAGUUACAAUUUUGUGUUUCAAAACUAUCCUUUAGAAAAAUUAACAAUUAAAAGGAUCGUUUUUUCUCGAUUUUUUUUCCAUCAAGACUGUUUAUGAAAAAAUCCCACCUUUACACUUACCCUAUUCUAUUAAGGUUUUUACAAAUAGCAGGGCUUAUAAAAAAAAUAUUUAAAAAGGGGCGAAUAUUUUUUUUUGGAAAAUCUCCUCCACCCAUUUUUUAAAUAUCAUUUUUCACCAGUUGUUCUGUAUAAUUCAGUUUUCAGUAAAAAGUAUAUAACAUGAGUGUUUUGUUGGUAACAACCACUUUCUUUACAAUGCUAUUUUUAUGUUCUAAACAAUCUUUUUAAACGAUCAUCAUCUUCUCGGCCCUGUCACAAAAAAAAUAUUACCUAAGAAUACUUUUCCUUCUCCAACGUUCUCCAACCCUGCUUCCAAAUCCACCAGAAACCUGAAUUCAAUCAAUAUAAGAUGAAAUACCAACAGAGAUUGGAUCUUUUACAAUCUAAUUCCUCACAAAAGUUGCCAUUUCAGAGAUUCAAACUUUUGUCCAGAGUACCAAUCUGAAACACUUGAUCUUGAUAUUAGAUGUGGGCACAUCUAAUUCUUAGUACUCCCCUGCAUGGUAAGAUCACCAAGGGUUAUCGAAAAAGAGUUGAUCAAUCCGUAAGGCUUCCAAGCUGGAGAUCAAUGUUUGAUUUGGUGUGUUUUCCUGUUUUGCAUGUAUAGCACACUGUGCAAAAGUUAUACUGUUGCUUUAAAUGAGUUUUUAGUGCUGUAAAAUGUAAAUACCUGUUUUGGUGUUCGAGCGAACUGUGAUGUGGUCAAUACCUCAGCCUAACAAAAUAUGUUUUAAUAAACAACACAAAAAGUAUGUAAAAUAUGGUUUAACUUUCUAUCUUGCAUAAUGUAAUUGAAAAUUCGAAAAUUA